AUGUUUAGUUCGCUACAGAAACGACGUAUUUUGAAUACGGUUCGAAAGAUUAUAAUACCUGCGCUCAUCUUGCUGUGCUUAGUAUCGUGUUCAUCGAUCAAGACACAUUUCAUUAACACAGUAACGCCACGACCAAUCGCCGAUGGCUACAAAGGAGGAGUUAUUGAUGAUGUUAGGCUUAUUAAGUGCUUCCACUGGUUUAGGGACUGCAAUGUUGUUUACGAGAAAACAUAUUUCAAACGCUCAUUAGAACCUUGGUUAAGGGUUAAUAAAAAUUUGAACGAUGACCGAUUAUUUGCAGCAGAGUUGGGCUUGUUGUAUCGCACAUUUCUUUAUGUCCAUCUGGGUAAAGCAGCAUCAGAAAAAAAAUGCAUUUCAGAUUUGGUGAUAUCCCGAGACAAAUCAACCGUACCGGUCCAAGUGUUACAGGACAUUAACGAUAGAGUACGAUCUAAGGAUAGCUCCAUGUUUCACAAGCAUGAUCAUCAGAAGGGCUUUUGGGCCAAGUUACUGGGUGCAAAGGCUGACGGAUUGACUGUAAAGGGAGAGGAUUGGCACUACAAGGGAUUGGGAGUAUGGUGUAAGUUUUCAUCAUCUCCGACAGAUGACGAAGGACAACUGGUGACCAAUAUACAGGUCUUUAUCGGCGACGGAUUCACCGACCCCCGACCAAUGUGGAAGAGUGCUAUUACAGGCAUGGCUCGUGAGAAAGGUUUUCCACUUUCAGUGAGCGUUCAAAAGUUCGAAAAGAAUGCCCUUCACACAGAUAGCUCGGGUGCUGGUGAUUUGUUUAUGAAAAAUGGGGAAUAUAAAAUCUUACAGCUAUCUGAUUUGCAUGUGGGAGUGUCUUCUCAAGAGUGUGGUAUUACGUGCUCAGAGGAUCUUAAAACCACCAGAUUUAUAAGCUACGUCUUGGCGGAAGAACAUCCAGAUUUGGUGAUUUUUACAGGAGACUUAAUCGACGGCUUGAACACUUUGGAUUUCCAGGCUGCUCUCUUGAAAGCUACAGAGCCUAUUAUUUUGGCAGGCAUUCCUUGGCUUAUCAGUUGGGGAACUUCAGAUUUUUCAAGGUUUGCUUCAAAAGGUCAGAUCUUGGACUUUGUCGAACAGCUGCCUUUUUGCCUGAAUCGUCCAAAUAAGAGGCUUCUCGAGUACGUUCCUCCACACACCACAAACAAUGCACUCAGUUUGAGCAAUGAAAACGGUCUGGUUGGUAUACUCUAUAUUUUAGAUUCUACCAGCAGUGAGAAUUCUGCCGAUUUCUUAGCAUCUGCAUACAAGCAAACCACAGAUUGCUUAUUUGGAGAUCUUUUAUAUUCCUUGGCAUUUCAGCAUUCGCCAAUCCCAGAAUAUCGUCCUAGCGGCGCAUUCCCGAUAAUAGGUUCAUAUAAUGAAAAAGAGCCAUUGGAUAUCGCUCAACUUGGUGUUGGUGACACCCUAAAGAAGUUAGGUGUGCAGGCGCUUAGUUGUGGCAACGAGCAUGCAAAUGAUUGCUGUCUCUUUGAUGAAGGCAUUUGGCUUUGCUAUAGCGGUCAAACGGGAGUUGCAGGCCACUCUCCGUCGGAUAGCGAUCUUUCAACCGUAAGGUUGUUUCGUGUCAAUGACCGUAUAAAAGAAAUUACAACAUGGAAGCGGAAUACCAAUAGCCCAGAUGAAGUCUAUGAUUAUCAAUUUUUGUUUAAUGAUAAACAGUAA